AUGACAAAAGAGUACGGUAGAUCAAAAUCUCAUGGCGAGAAACCCAAAAAAGAAAAAGGAGUUGCCUCAAAUGACCAGAUUCUGAAGUUCACAGCCAUGCCAGGCACCGAAAUUGUAAGAUUUUAUUUGAUGCGUGGAGUUUCGUUCAAACGAAGUGUCACAAUUGACAAAAGAAGUAAAAUAAGUUCGAGAAAGCUAUUUCUUAACCGAAGACCCCACGAAAAACUUCUUUUGUGACCUUUAAGCACGUAGGGUUGCCGUGUGCCGUUUAUUGCCAAUUUUCAUCAAAAUGUUUAUUGUUCAGGCCACAUCCGACCCUCAGGACCCCGUUGUCGACGAAAAUUCGGCCAAAGAUGUGUCCGAAGACUCGCUGAACUGGGUGGUCGAUCCUCCGUCUCCGCCUGGAUUCGCCCAGAUUGAGGAGCUCCGUCGACGAUACCAGCCGUUGCUGACACCAAUGCAUUUGAGCCAAUUCACGGACCGAGUACCCCAUUGCUUCGACGAACCGGUCGAUUAUUGGAUUGCCUGGCUCGACCAACAUGAUUGCUGCGGGUUCGUGAAGAAUGUGGAGGAUGCCACCGAGACGAUCCCAUUGAUCAUGAGAUUUGGCGGGUUCUGGACGGACAAAGCCGUGAAGUCGAUGUAUUUGGGGUGUACGGUGCGAGUCAGGGGAUUUUACAAAGUCUCCGCCAUUGGAAAUGCACGCGAAUUUGGUCCUUUUGUCACAAGGGGACAGAAAAAAAACAACAAUUUGUUUGCGGGUAUUUUUAAUUUUUCAUAAAUUUGAAUAUUUAAAUUUUUGAACUCAAAGAUGUGAAUGAUCAAAUUUAGAACUUUUUAAAUUUAACUAUUCAAAUGUUUUAAAUUUAUGCAAAUAAAAAAAAUGAUGUGUAAAUUUUCCAGGUAUCCCAACGCCCUCGGCAUUCGCCUUUGAAUGGGCUGUAAUUUCGAAGCCAAAAAUCAUCAGGAGUCUUGGGAUGGUCUUCGAAGACAACAGCUUUGAGAAAAAAGGCGGGCUUUUUCUGGGCGGAAUGGUCAAAGACGUCGAGUAUGAUGAACAAUAUUUCGCUUCCCCCGAAAAGUGGCCAAUCCCGGAGAUGAAAAAAAUCCCGGCUCCUGGCAGUCCAGUGAUCAUCAAUUAUGUUGAGGUGGGCACGCCAAUUUAUUUUCUUCUACGAAAAAACAAAAAAGUUCGUGUCAAGUGUCUCCCUUGGCCUUUUGGGUCAACCGUUUCCCUCCGUGAAAAGCUUGCGAUAUCUUCGCGAGCUGCGCCCGGAAAAAAAUUUUUAGUUGGAAAUUUUACUAUUUGCUUUUUGAAAAGAUUGUCGAUUUUUUGUUUGAAAAAAUAAGAAAAUGGAUUUUCGUCAUCAAAAAAAUUGCAGAUAACCGAUCCCUACGUCACCUUCGAGUGCAAAGACAAGCUAAUUUUACUGCCGCCGUACAUGAGAGACGAGAUGGACACAGGCCCAAGAAUUGAGCAGGGAUACUUGUUCGCCUGGCUCGAUCUUACCAUGGUGCCAUCGCGGAAGUAUUUCUGA